AUGCUAACUAGCAUGGGAAUACGUCGGCGGCUACAUCCAGCGGCCUGUGAAGCAGGGGAGUCUAGUAGCAGCGGGGGCCGUCUACGGAGCAGACGCCAGCGGUGUGAUCGGAAACGCGGAUGUCGAGCGGGGCUAAAAACAAAGCAGAAGGCUAAUCCCCACAGAACACCACUUCCCUCCAUCCUGAAGACGGAUUUAAAUGGAAAAUGCGAGACUACUGGUCUGGGUAAGGAGUCAGUUAAAUUAGAACACGUUUUUUCUGCUUUGAGUGUUUCAGAGUUGGACAUGAGUUUUACUGAGGUGGCUAACUAUGAUGCGUGCAGUUUAUCAAAGCAACAAACAAACAAUCGGAAAAUCCCCGUUACUGAGGUGGCUAACCAUGAUGCGUGCAGUUUAUCAAAGCAACAAACAAACAAUCGGAAAAUCCCCGUUACUGAGGUGGCUAACCAUGAUGCGUGCAGUUUAUCAAAGCAACAAUCAAACAAUCGGAAAAUUCCUGUCGUAUCAAUUCCUAGAUAUGGUCGUAACUAUACUAAAUGCACUGGGCAUAAUAAACACAACAUUAUUAAUAUUGCUACUACGGAUAAUUUGAUCAAAAACUCCCUAAAACAGCCCACUACCUAUAAUAUAGGUUUUUUAAACAUAAGAUCAUUGUCUCCCAAAACGUUAUUAGUUAAUGAUAUUAUCAGAGACAACAAUCUUAACGUCAUCGGUCUCAGCGAAACCUGGCUUAAACCAAACGACUUUUUUGCGCUAAAUGAGGCAUGUCCUCCUAACUUUACACAUGCGCAUAUUGCCCGUCCGCUUAAAAGGGGUGGGGGGGUCGCACUAAUAUACAACGAAAACUUUAACCUUAGUCCUAACAUAAAUAAUAAAUAUAAAUCGUUUGAGGUGCUUACUAUGAAGUCUGUCACACCGCUGCCUCUACACCUGGCUGUUAUCUACCGCCCCCCAGGGCCCUAUUCGGACUUUAUCAAUGAAUUCUCAGAGUUCGUUGCUGAUCUAGUGACACACGCCGAUCUAGUGACACACGCCGAUAAUCUAAUCAUAAUGGGGGACUUUAAUAUCCAUAUGAAUACCCCAUCGGACCCACCGUGCGUAGCGCUCCAGACUGUAAUUGAUAGCUGUGGUCUCACACAAAUAAUAAAUGAACCCACGCAUCGCAACGGUAAUACGAUAGACCUAGUGCUUGUCAGGGGUAUCACCGUCUCCAAAGUUACGAUACUCCCGUAUACUAAAGUAUUGUCCGAUCAUUACCUUAUAAAAUUCGAGGUUCAGACGCAUGUUCGUCAAACUAAUAAUAAUAAUAACUGCUAUAGCAGCCGCAACAUUAAUCCGGCCACAACGACAACUCUUGCUGACCUACUGCCCUCGGUAAUGGCACCAUUCCCUUGGGGUCAUUACCAGGUGAUUGUAAGACACAUCCUCAAUGAUGUGCCUGAGAUCACUGGGGGUUUCGGGUCUUUCAACAUCAUACCCCCUCCUUCAGGUGACCCAGCCGUGGUUGAUCAGACCCCAGCUUGUGUCCCAGUAUUAUUGGCCCACAGUUUGCUCCUCCUGAUCCAAAGCCAUCUAGAAGCUCUCUCUGCUGCCUCCAUGGUGGCCUUGAUGACCUUCCUUUUCCCAUCACCCGUGAUGCCAAGUAGUUUAAACACCUAA